AAUCGAGUUCUGAGACCGAACGUGGACGGUUGUGCCCUCCACAGAGCAACUUGAUCCCCGGGCUCUGCGUCAGCGGCAGGAUAAUAAAGCGUGACGCGUGUGCGUAUCAUAAAAAUAACCAUAAAGCAAAGGCUCUCUCCACUGGAUGCGGAGUGAAAGAAAUGUAAUGAAGUGAAAUAAAGUGAAGUGAAGUAUAUCGAAAAAACCUACCAAGGCAAACGGAAUUCCUUCCAAAAUCGGCAAUAAAUAAAACAAAAAAAUAAGAGCACACCGGUUCUGUGCGCGAAAGAAACGAAGGAAGUACGAAGUGAAAUCAAAAGAAUUCUUCGGGAUCGCCAUGGAGCUGAACGGAAGACGAUUGUUGAACUGCGGCCUGGGAUUCUUCUGCCUGAUCUUGUGCUGUUACGCCGCUCCAUUAUCGUUCGAGGAUGUGAGCAUCUCUUACGGCCCCCAACCCACCACUACCAUCAAGGAGCAGAGUGCUUUGCAAUUGCCCUGCAGCUACCAACUGCCAGAUGAGUAUCUGCAGGACAAAAGCGUGAUACUCCGCUGGCGGAAGGAUAACAAAACCCUUCGCCAAACGGAGCUGGGCCGGAUGAGUGGCACCACCAGUGAACCGCAACUGGAGAGCAUGCUGCGCGAGGAUUCCCGAGUGGUCCUGAACAAGAACGAUGGCUCCCUGCAAUUCGCCAGCGUAUUGGCCAGUGAUGCUGGUCAAUAUCAGUGCCAACUGGUAAUCGAGGGCCAAGUGGCAGCUAGCUCCAAUAAUGGUGUGGUAUCAAUCAUCGAGCAGCUUAAGUUUAUGCCACAGCCAACGUCCAAGAACCUGGAACUGGGUAGCCUCAGUAAAGUGCAUUGCAAGGCUCAGGGAACUCCCUUACCUCAAGUUCAAUGGAUGAGGGAAAACAAUUUACCCCUUCCUGUUAAUGUGACGGACCAGAAUGGCACCCUAAUCUUUGCCCAGGUGAGCAACGAUCAGCGUGGUCAGUACACCUGCAUGGCCUCCAAUAGCCAGGGACAAAUCAGCGCCACUGUCUCCAUCAAUGUGGUCGUCGCACCCAAGUUCAGUGUGCCACCCGAGGGACCCAUCGAAGUGGCAGAGUCGGGAACUGCCGUCAUCCACUGCCAGGCGAUUGGAGAACCCAAACCCACCAUCCAAUGGGACAGAGACCUUACCUAUUUCAAUGAAAACAACACGGAUGCGGAGCGUUUCUUGAUAAUGGAGAACGGCACCCUGGAGAUCCGGGACGUGCGGCCAGAGGAUGAAGGCAGGUACGGCUGCACCAUUGGCAGCAGUGCGGGACUAAAGAGGGAAGAUGUCCUGCUGGUGGUCAAGACCAGCAAAUCAGCAUCAAAUUCCAUCAUUACCAGAAUCAUUAUUGUGAUCAUCUGCUUGGCGUUCCUCUACUUCGUACUGGUGCUGGGGCUGAAGGUCUGGUACCGGUAUCGCCGUCAUCUGGGCAAGGUGCAGCUUGAGGAUGGCCAUGCCCAUGCCCCCACUGAUGGCCAAGAGCACGCCGAGCACGAGCCCUGCCUGACGGAGGCGAACUCCAGCAAGAAUCUGAAGAGCAAGCUGCGCGAAAGCACAAUCCUGGAGCAGGAGUCGCAGGUGGCCGAUGACAUUGUGUGAGGAGAAUAGGAUGCAUAGCCAUUUCCAUGAUCUCGGCACCUGCCAUUCUGCAAGUGUUACUCCAUUUUGUUGUUGAAAAUGAAAAGGAACUUGUGAAAUCCCCCCCCAAACCCCAAAAAAAGUAAA